AUGGAAGCCGACGACACGGCAUGCGUGUUUGGUGAGGACAUCGCGUUCGGCGGGGUGUUCAGGGCGACAGUGGGGCUGCAGGAGCGCUUUGGGCAGGCGCGAGUCUUCAACACACCCCUCACGGAGCAGGGUAUUGUGGGGUUUGGCAUUGGCCUGGCAGCGUUGGGCACGACCGCCAUCGCAGAAAUCCAGUUUGCCGACUACAUCUACCCUGCCUUUGACCAGCUGGUCAACGAGGCGGCCAAGAUGAGGUACCGAAGUGGCGGGCUGUUUGACUGCGGCGGGCUCACAGUCCCUGGCCUGAAGGUCGUGAUGCCCUCCAGCCCCGCUGAGGCCAAGGGCCUCCUACUGGCCUGCAUUCGCGAGCCCGACCCAUGCGUUUUCUUUGAGCCCAAGAUGCUCUACCGCACGAUGGUGGAGGAGGUGCCUGCCGGCGAUUACGUCCUGCCCCUGGGGGUGGCACGCACCCUGGCGGAGGGCAGUGACGUCACACUGGUGGGGUGGGGCGCGCAGGUGCUGGUGCUGCAGCAGGCGGCCAGGGCAGCCGCGGCGCUGUCCCCCCCCGUGUCGUGUGAGGUGCUGGACCUGCGCACAAUCAUGCCAUGGGACGUCGGCGCUGUCACUCGCAGCGUCAACAAGACAGGUCGUCUGAUUGUGAGCCACGAGGCGCCGCUUACGGGGCACUUUGGGGCCGAGAUUGCUGCGCGUGUCGCGGAGCGCUGCUUCCUGCGGCUUGAGGCGCCUCCCAUGAGGGUGUGCGGGGCAGACACGCCCUUUCCCCUGGUUUAUGAGCCACUGUACCUGCCGGGUGUGGACCGGGUGCUGGAGGCCAUUCGGGCGAGCGUGUCCUAUUGA